UCUCACUUUAAUACUCUCUCUCUCUCUCUCUCUCCCCCAUCCUUGCCAACCCUCUUGCUGAUGCGAUUCUCCACUACAAUUAAUUCAAGAACCCUAUCAAACCUUUAGAAAAAGAGAGGAAGAUCAAAAACAAUGGUUUUUUCAUCCAUUCCAGCUUAUCUUGAUCCUUCCAAUUGGCAACAACAGCAUCCAAACCCUCAAGCUGGAAUCGGAGGCACUACUGGAAACCUUCACAAUCCAGCAGCGCCACCACUUCCUUCAGCUCCACUGCCUCCAAUUCAUCAUGUGGGCGGCGGGGCUGGCUCAAUCCGGCCGGGAUCUAUGGCGGACAGGGCGCGAAUGGCCAACAUACCCAUGCCUGAGGCCGCCCUAAAAUGCCCACGAUGCGAUUCGACCAACACCAAGUUCUGCUAUUUCAACAACUACAGCCUCUCGCAGCCCCGCCACUUCUGCAAGACCUGCCGGAGGUACUGGACCAGAGGCGGUGCUCUCAGAAACGUUCCGGUGGGAGGCGGCUGCCGGAGGAACAAGAGAAGCAAGGCCGGAAGCAGCUCAAAAUCUCCCGUCAGCGGCGAUUGCCAAACCAGCAGCGGCUCAUCCUGCGCAGUCUCCUCAAAUUGCACCGCCGCCAGUAUAUUAGGCCUCACGCCACAACUUCCGCCGCUGCGCUUCAUGACUCAGCUCGGCGACUAUGGUGCCGGCGCCGGAGAUAUCGGCUUGAACUUCGGCGGAAUUUCGACACCGAGUGAGAUGAACUUCCAGCUGGUAAGCAGUAACUCACUUGGCGGAACCGAACCAUGGCGAUUUCAGCCGACGACGCAGCUCUCUUCACUGGCUGCGGGUUUGGAUUUAUCAUCUGGAUUAUACCCAUUUCAAGGUGUGUUCGAGCAGCCGGGUUUCGCCGGAGAAAGCAGUCAAAUCAGGCCAAAAUUGUCUUCUCCGGGGAUUACUCAGCCGUCUUCAGUGAAAAUGGAGGGUAUCCCAGCAACCGAACAUCACUACUGGACUGGUACUCCAUGGACUGAUCUUUCUGGACUUGGCUCUUCUUCCACUAGUACUCCCUUAUGAACACAUCCUAUAUAAAGCUAUGUUUUUGGCUCAAAGUAAAGGUUCAAGAUCAGGGAGAACCCUAAAGUUAGAUGAACGAGAAGGAGGAUUUUCAGGAUGAAAUAAGGAGCUUCUCUUUAGCUCCAAGAUCAUCAGAAACCCUAGAAAUGGUAGUUUAUGCCUUAUCUUCUUUUCGGGUUUUUUUUUUUUUUUCAUUUUCUUUACUUUUCUGUUCUUUUGUUAGUUUAAUUUCUUUGGUUAUGGCCGUGCAUGUUUGCAGAUAUGAUUGUAAGAGUUGUGGUACUGAAUUUAAUUUGUCUAACCUUUCGUAGUGUUUCUAAUGCUUAUAAUUAAUUUGCAGAAGUGAUCAAUAGCUUGGGAUUCGACAUAUAUAUGUACAUAUAAUAUUUACAUAUGAUGAUGAUGAUGAGGAGUCUAUAUUGAAUUGAGCACUGAGAAAGCUAUAUUUUAUCUCCAUCUGCUUCAACAAUGGCAAUCAUUGAAUUAUCAUGGGAAUGUUUGCUCAACUCUUUCCUUGUUCUACCUCUUUGAAUUGGCACCCCAAUAUUCGCAUCUCUCUCCAUCAGAUCAUGAAAUAAAAGUGGAUUCACAGAUUAGGGUUUCAUGUUGACCAAUCAGGGAAUUGUUGAUUGAAUCAACUUUCUUUUUGCCCCUCCCCCCUUUU